CCGGCUCCCCUGCAGCCCCCUGACCCACGUGUGCUUCUUGCAGUCACCGAGAUGCUCGUUAACAUCCUCAACAUCUGCUCUGACGACGAGCUGAUUUCGGACGGCGAUGAGACGCUGGAAGAUCACUACAUUUCAAGCUAUCAGAAAGGUGGGACGACCGUCCGCAAGGAGAUCAUCAGGAACAAGAUCCGGGCCAUUGGGAAGAUGGCGCGCGUCUUCUCCGUCCUUCGAGAGGAGAGUGAGAGCGUGCUGACGUUGAAGGGCCUGACCCCCACGGGCACCCUGCCCCUGGGCGUGCUCUCCGGGGGGAGGCAGACCCUGCAGACGGCCACAGUAGAAGCUGUAGAGGCACGGGAAGCCAUCCGGGGCUUCUCCCCCCAGCACAAAAUCCGCAGCUUCGAGGAGGCGCGGGGUUUGGACCGCAUCAACGAGCGCAUGCCGCCGCGCCGGGACUCGCUGCACGCCGACGGAGCGCUGCACCUCCACCCCAACCCCAACCCCAACCCCAACCCCAGCCCCGCCGACAAGAACAACGGCAAGAAGAGCCCCUGACGGCGCCCGGGAGCGGCCCGCGGCCCUCGGAUUUUAUUUAUUUAUUGAGAUUUGGGGGUGGGGGGGGUGGGAAGGGGGGGUGGGGGGGCGCAGCUUUGAGCCGGUCCCGUCCGCAUGUUUGGCAGGUGGCCGUUCGUCCUCUCGGGUUUUAAUUUAUGUUGCAUAUAUAUAUAUAUGUAUAUACACACAUGCACAUAUAUAUAUAUAUAGAUAGAUAGGUAGAUAGGAAA